AUGGCACUCAAGACCCUCGGCGCAAAGGCAGCAGCAGCUCUUGACAAGGACCUUAUGAGCGCAGGUGCAUUUUCCCUCGAUCAGCUUAUGGAACUUGCUGGUCUGUCUGUUUCUCAGGCGGCAAGGGCCGCAACAUUUUGGUGGCAUGCGGUCCCGGCAACAAUGGUUUGCAACCUCCGUCUCGCGAGAAUAGACAGACUUGCUUACCCUGUGGUCCAGGUGGAGACGGAUUGGUAG